CACAGUAAUACAAGAAAUUAAAUCAGGGAUUAAAAUUUAAAUCAAAACCCCUGAAUUAAAUAAAAAAACAUAUAGAAAUAAUGGGAUCCACAGUGAUUGAAGCAUGUCUGAUAGGGUUUUGUGUGGCGGCGUAUUUAUUAGCAACGACGGUGACGGUGCAUGGCGCUGAUUUUGACGUCAAAAAACACGGCGCAAAGGCCGACGGGAAAACCGACGACACCAAGGCUUUCACGGCGGCGUGGGACGGAGCAUGCAAGGCGCCGGGAGCUAGCACCGUCACGUUCCCGGCCGGGAAUUACUUGGUUGGGUCCAUUACCUUUCGCGGCCCUUGCAAAGCUCCCGUCUCCGUGCAAGCUCACGGGGCGACUCUGGUUGCUCCGGAAGAUCCGGCCAAGGUGCAGAACACGUGGAUACUGUUCACCAACAUUGACCGGUUGACUCUCGCCGGCGGCAUUUAUGACGGCAAGGGCGCCACGGCUUGGAAGCAAAACUGCGCCAAAGCUGUCAAAGUUUGUAAUCUCGCAAUUAAUCUGUACUUCUCUACGUUGACCAAUUCAUUGAUCACUGGAAUCACGUCGAAAAACAGCAAAUAUUUCCACAUGAACGUGGUAGGGUGCAGGAACGUGACACUGGAGAAGGUGACGGUGGACGCUCCCGGAGACAGCCCUAACACCGACGGAAUCCACGUCGGCCUCUCGUCCGGAGUAAACAUCACCGGCGCCACCAUAAAGACCGGAGACGACUGCGUGUCGCUGGGGGACGGCUGCGAGCGAAUAAACGUGCAGGGGGUGACGUGCGGUCCCGGCCACGGAAUCAGCAUCGGAAGCCUGGGGAAGUAUCCCAAUGAGAAGCCGGUGACCGGAAUAACGGUGAGAAACUGCACCCUUACGAACACCAUGAACGGCGUUCGGGUCAAGACCUGGCCGGCUUCCCCCGCCUACACCGCCUCCAGCCUCCACUUCCAAGACAUUAUCAUGAACAACGUUGGGAGUCCCAUCGGCAACCCUAUCCUCAUCGAUCAAAAGUAUUGCCCAUGGAACCAAUGCAAGGCCGAGGUACCAUCAAGAAUAAAGAUAAUAGAUGUGGGGUUCAAGAACAUCCAGGGGACGUCGGUGAGUAAGGUGGCGGUGAAGCUGGUAUGCAGCAAAGCGAUACCCUGCCAGCAGGUGCAGCUCACCGACAUCAAUUUGGUUUACGGCGGAAAGGACGGACCCGCCACCUCCGAAUGCGACAACGUCAAGCCUGCCCUCGCCGGAAAACUCUUCCCUAAGCCGUGCACCGCCGUCCCGCAUCCUUAAUUGAACCGGCCCGGCCACCUAGCUAGCUAUUGUUAGUAUUGUGUACAAAUUAAAUGCAUACAAAUAGCAUAAUACGAAGUAUAAUAGGGAACAUGAAUAAAUGUACUGUAUGAGUUAUAUCGAGAUAUAUACUGUAUAUGAUAUGUUAUUAAGAAAAUUAAAAUGUAUUAACACUUGUGGUAAAAUACAUCAGUGCUUGUAGUUAUCUAUACCACAAUAUAUACAAUAUAUAGUAGGGCAGUAGUAAUUGACAUUUUAAUACGGAGUGUAAUGUUCUAUACUUCUAUAAUUAAGAGUUAAUAAUUAUCUUUAA